UGCCGGAAGCGCCUUUCCCUUUGCCUUCCUUGUAGGAGCUGGAGGGAGGGGGUGACGUAGGUUCCGCUUCCCGCACGUCUCCUUUUCUUCCGGUCCCCUAGUGCUAAGCCCCGUGCCUGGUGUUCGACUCCAGCGGAGGCUGCAGAAGGCAACAGUGAUCAUGGCGAUGUUCGAGCAGAUGAGAGCGAACGUGGGCAAGUUGCUCAAGGGUAUCGACAGGUACAAUCCUGAGAACUUGGCUACCCUGGAGCGGUAUGUGGAGACACAGGCCAAGGAGAAUGCCUAUGAUCUGGAGGCCAACCUGGCUGUCCUGAAACUGUACCAGUUCAACCCAGCCUUCUUCCAGACCACAGUCACUGCCCAGAUUCUGUUGAAAGCCCUCACCAACCUGCCCCACACCGACUUCACGCUGUGCAAGUGUAUGAUCGACCAGGCACAUCAAGAAGAGCGGCCCAUCCGACAGAUCUUGUACCUCGGGGACCUGCUGGAGACCUGCCACUUUCAAGCCUUCUGGCAAGCCCUGGAUGAGAACAUGGACCUUCUGGAAAGCAUAACUGGCUUUGAAGACUCUGUCCGAAAAUUUAUCUGCCAUGUGGUGGGCAUCACGUACCAGCACAUCGACCGCUGGCUGCUGGCUGAGAUGCUUGGAGAUCUGACUGACAACCAGCUGAAGGUGUGGAUGAGCAAGUACGGCUGGAGCGCUGACGAGUCAGGGCAGGUCUUCAUCUGCAGCCAGGAAGAGAGCAUUAAGCCCAAGAACAUUGUGGAGAAGAUCGACUUUGACAGUGUGUCCAGCAUCAUGGCCUCCUCCCAGUAACCAAGUGUGUGUUAAUAAAGAUUUGUUCACUCCGCC